AUGACCAGUUCAUCUUCAUCCAUAGUUAUAAAAAAUAUCCUAAAAAAAUACCAAGAUGGUGAGAUGGUUUUGAUGUUUUAUGAAUCAAAACAAUGUUUAAACAGUGCUAUGAGGAACAAAUUGGUUGCUGUAAUAAUAAAAGACCAAAUUCAAAACAAUGAGAAUUUAAAUAGGACAAGAUUUAUUGAAUUAGCUAAGGGAAUUGAAGACUUAUUUCCAUCUGAAACCGAAGAACUGUAUUUUAUACCAUAUUGUAAAGAGGGAAAUAUUAUUAGUCCCAAUAGAGGAAAACUAUAUGAUAAAUUCUGUAAUAUAAAAAAAGACUUCACAAAAAUAAGUGGUACGAAAAGGAAACAUUUGGAUGGCAAUAAGGAAUUUAAUUUGAAUGAUUUGAAUGAUGAAGGUAUAUGGCAUAAUUAAUUAAAUAUAUUAAAAUUAAGAACA